UCCCCCCCCCCCCUAUCCACAAGUCUGACUGAUGUUAAAUGCUGCAUUGGGAUCUACAGAGCGGAUGGGACCAGUAAGUUGUGGAAUGAAGACUAGCAGGCGCAAUUGAUGGAUGACCAACAAAAAAAAGACUUGGAUGCACAGGACCAGGACCAAAGUACCGUGGAACCUAAUGGGGUUGAUGACGAGGAACCAUGCGGCACAGGGAGCACCGUGAAGCCUUAUGGCGGGGUGGACCCUGUGGUUGGGUUGCCCUCGGCCACUUCACAAAAGGAGAGCGAGCCGGGGCACAGGGUGCCGCCGCCGCCGCCGGUACCGACACCAAAAGACUCCUGCGUGCUGGACCCUCCCUCCCCGCUGAGACUCGCCGAUGUGUCUGAGCACACUUCAAAUGAUUCCUCUGCUCACGCCAUUUCCCUUACAUCUUGUAUUACAAAGGGUGCCAGUUAUUUGUCUGUCCCAGAGGAUUUCGACAAAGCUCCAUUCACGUACAUGGAGCCCAAAGGCAUUUCAUCUCUGGCCGGCGAUUGUUUGAUGCAACAGAGCAGAACCUGUUUGGGCUGCUUCAUUGAGUCGAAAGAAAGCGUCGAUGCAGAGCCUGGGAUAAGCAUGAAAAUAGGUGACAUGAACAGGGACUGCGAAACCUGCUCUGUUUCAGAUAUAGGCAUGAGCACCGGGGACGGCGGACGAUACGGCGAUCAGCUGCUCUCCGACCAGCUAUUGAGUUUUACCGUGCACAAAUCAAGGACUACAGACAAAAGAGACGUGGAGAAAUCUGACAGCGAGUCAGAGGAUAUCGCUCAGAAACAUUACUACGAGGGAUUACUGCUGGACAAAUGCAACGGGGAGGAGGCUCUGCUGGCGAAUCCGAGCCAGGACUGGGCUUACUUCGAGUCUUUCAUCAGCGAGAGCAAGAUCGAGCUGCUUGACCUGUGCUCCAAGAACGAGCUGUCGGUCAACCUCUUCGCCGAGGAGGAGGUGGACAACUACAUGUUCGACGACGAGUCGACCCUGAGCAGCGACGUGUGCUCGCUGAAGAUCAGGUACGAGUCCUUCCAGGACAACGUGAGGGAGAAGAGCAACGCCCUCCAGGAAGAGGCGCAGUUCAACUUCUUCCCCAACGUCAUCGCCAGCUGCGCCGCCAAGAAAGACGGCAAGAGCCCGGCCGCGGCCAAGAGGGGCUCCGAGGCCCCCCAACCCCCGCCGCCCAAACCGGACGAGGCGGACGCUUGGGAAGACACCGGCGAGAGGGCUGGCGACGCGAACGCGAAGGCGCUCGCCUCUCCCGCCAAGAGGAGCCACUUCCUCGAACCCGGUCGCUCGGCGGACGACUCCGGGGAGUUCAGCGACGACAGCUACGGCACCGAGUCGUCGUACGAGACGGUGAAGGCGGCGGGAGGGCGCGAGCACGCGGCGGGCUCGGGGCGGCCCAACUACGCCCUCCGUGCCAAGAGGAAGGUGCGCUACAGCGAUGACUACCUGUACGACGUGGACUCGUUGGACCAGGGCGAGAGGACGGCGGGCAAGAAGGAGGAAUGGCCGGCAGACGGCGGGCCGGGGGGGGAGGAGGGGGAGGAGGAGAAGCCGGCGGGGGAAGAGGAGGACGACGACGAGUGGUGCCCGAGGAAGCGCCGCAAGUCGGCGCGGCGGGAGCCGCCGGUCAUCAUCAAGUACAUCAUCAUCAACCGCUUCAAGGGGCAGAAGGACAUGCGGGUGAAGGUGGGCAAAGUGGACGCGGCCCGGGACAGCGUGCGCCUGACCGACGACGCCUUGCGCCGGUACCGGAGGCUGGCGCCCCUCAAGGAAUUCUGGCGCCAGCGGCAGCGGGAACGGGCGCUGGCGUCCGGUGAGAGGCGGCGGCGGCGGCGGCUGCGCGCGGGCGGCGCCGAGUCCGGCGACUUCCCUUCCCACCCGGCCAAGAGGAAAAGCAAGCAGAUCGCCGACCGGCACAGGAGCCGCCGGGUCCGCCUGCAGCUGGCGCCCAGCGAGCGCGUCGCCUGCUCCUUCCACGCGGCGGGCGCCCGGCGGCGGCGACCACGGCCGCGGGGGCCGAAACGGGUGGAGGCGGAGGGUGACGAGGAGGAAGACCGGGCGGCGUCGGCGUCGGCGACGGCCGGGACCAGGAUCCCCGGCGGCUGCCUCGACGGCCUGCCCUCAGCCGCCUCCUCCUCGCCCGGGAGCCCGCCGGCGAGGAGCACGUACCGCGGGAAGGGCGAGGGCAGAGCGAAGGAGAGGAGCCGGCCGCUCGGGCGGGUGAAGCCGAAGGGCGGCGGGAAGAGGAAUAAAAUGGCGGCCAGCGAAGGUGGCGGCGAGGGGGUGACGGACGCGAGCGAGAUGGCGUCGGGCGCAAGGAGCCCGGGCAGCCUCCGGGCCGACGCCGCCGGCACCCGUGUGUCUGAACCGUGCCGCCAGGCGGAGGAGGAGGAGGCGGCGGCGGCUGAGAGUUGUGCUUUCCACCCGGCCGCCUGCUGUUCUCACAAGCCUCCGCCAUCUUGUACUACCGGCGGGGCUGCGGCUGCGACGACGGUUCGCGUGAUCCCCGGGGGUUACCUGCAGACGCUGCUCGAUUCGUCCGACUCCAUCGGCCCCGCCGGCAUCGCUUACUUCCCCGACCAAAACCACCACCGUCCUCCUCCUCCUCCUCUUCCUCCAACCGCCAUGGCCGUCCCCAAGGCCCACGAGGCCUUCGCUGCUUCGCGCCUCGGGCAGGCGUGCGUCAUGACGUCAGCGCCGCCGCCGCCCACGGAGCUCGAGCGGCACGAGGGGGCGGACGGAAGCUUCCAGAAGCUGUGGUGCGUCAAACCCCCCGACCUGGGGGCGCCGGUGCCUCAGGAAGCCGGCGGUGGUUACCGGGCGAUGGGGAUGGAAGUCGUCGUCAAGACGACGACGGCGGCGGCGGCGGAGGCCACCGGCGACGGAGGGCUGAUCGGCUUCGCCUCGCUGAGCCUGAAGCCGCCGCGCGAGGACGACGGCGAGGAGGACAUGGGCGAGGACUUCCUGGCGCACUGCAGCCCCAAGCUGGUCAUCCCGCAGAGCGUGGACGAGGCGGCGCCGCUGAAGGAAUCGGCCGACCUGCUGGACAUCUCCAACUUCACCCCCGACCGCUUCCGCCAGGCCUCGCUGUCCGAGUUCUCUCCGCCCCUCACGCCCGACCUGUCGCCCGGCGUGACGGUGGUGGUGGCGGCGGCGGAGGAGGAGGAGGAGGAGGCCUGCGCCCCGGGCGACCCCAGGAAAGCGUUCGGCGGUGACGGGCGACCCGCGGCGGGCCGGUUCCUGCUGAACGGCGAUCACUUUCAGUUCCACACGUUCGACGACGAAGACCCCGGCGAGUUGGUGGGCGAGGGGAUAGCGAUCUUCGGGAAGGCGGCGGACCCGGUUUCACCGGCACCGGCGAAGGGCCCGAAGGGGAGGAAAAAAGGCGGCUCCGGUCGGCACGCUGCCGGCACCGCCAACCCGGCCCCCAAAGCCGCCAAGAAGAGCAGGAAGCCGAAAGGGGCCGGUAAAGGAGCGGAGAAAAAUGGCGGCGGCGGCGGCGGCAGGAGUGACGCUCACGCGGCGCCCAAAGGCGGGAAACGGCCGGCGCACGGCAAGAGGAGCGAUUUCUUGUCCGCAGAGGAAGGGAAGACCGCCUCGGAGACCGCGAACGGCGAGUCGCAGUCGCUGCACGUGUCGCCCCCGGGUCGGGGUAAAAGGCAGCAGAACGGCGGCGGCGGCUGGUCCUCGAGUAAAAAGAGCGGCCCCGGCUGGUCGGAGCACGGCGUUCCCGGCCCCCAGCUGCUGCUCGACGACCAGCGGGAGUUCGAGGAGCCCAGCAACAUCCUGUCCAACAUCGCCUCGGGGAUGGCCGAGGUGCAGCGCUUCAUGAUGGCGUCCAUCGAGCCGGUGUGGGAGCACGGCGUCUCCCCGGCCGCCUCGGCACCGGGCGCUUGCCACUCGCUCGAGGCCAACAGUCUCAAGUGGAAAACGCUCAACAUCCUGGCCGGCACGCCGUCCGAGGUCAAGAGGAAACCCAGCUGCCCAGCGGCGGCGGUGACAACCAUGGCGACCCCGGCGGUGUCGGCGCCCGCCAAGACACGGCGGUCGACAGCCAAGGCCUCGAGCAAGAAUCCCAGCAAGGUGUCGCCCGCCGAUCCGGCUGGCGGCCGGUUGAAUUUCGUACCGGGGUCGACUUCGUCCUCGUCGCGGGCGGGCGCUGCCGACAGGGGCUCCAACCCGCCUGCCGCCGCCCCCGGCGUCCCCGUCCACAAAAAAAUGUACCGCCACAAAGCAACGUUAAAGUUGUCAGGGGACGAGAAAAGUAAGGUAAAGCGAGCAGAGCAAGAGCAGCACCGUAAGGAGCCGUGUGUGACAGCCUCUCUUGAAAAACUGAGGUAA